AGUGUACUAUGUGCUGUCAUUCGUGUCAGACAUAGAGAAACAAAAAUAUUAUUCUAAUUGUGUUUUUCUCACAUAAUUUGUCAACGAAAAAAAAAAACAAUUCCACUUUUUUGCGAUCGGUUUUGCACGCGGAUCAACCAAAAAGUAGAGAAAAAAAAUGUUGGCCGCCCGAGUUUUAUCUCGAGCCGUAGCUCAAGCAGCUACAAAUGGCAAAUUAUUAGGUGCUGUUAAAAAUAAAAAGCCAGUUCGAUUAAUGCCAAUUCGAUUUAGCGGUGAUUGGACAUAUCGUACUGGCCAUAUACAUCAUCCACUCUAUAAACGAGCUAUGGUACAAUUUGCUGGAGGAUUUAUGUGGUGGUGGAUUUUAUGGCAUCUGUACUGGGACUGGGGUCACAUCGUUGGUGAAUUUGAAUAUCCCGAUACAUCGAAAUGGACAGACGAAGAAUUGGGAAUCCCACCAGAUGAUGAAGAAUAAUCAUAACAAACUACUACCGAAUAUAGUAACCAUCAUCGUCUCUAUCAUGGAAAUUAAAAGAAAACCACAGCCAUUUACUUGAAAUUGAUAGAAUGAAUAAUAAAAUUUGAGUGCUGUAAUCGAUAGAGUGAAAAUAAAAUCGAUUUUAUUUAGUUUAUAUACGACUGACGUUAACGCAA